GUAUCGGCCGCUAUAAUUGGUGGUGUCCAAUUGGGUCUGUGCGCAUCUGGGACCCUCCCAACGAAACGCUAUUCAUGCGCGUAGCGCAUUAGGUUUGUUCGUGUUGCAUGCACUUUUUGUACUUUUACACUAAGUGUACACUAACUUGUUUCUGUUGCCGGACAUGAUGUCAUAACCGCUGUUCGUUUUACCAGUGCAGUUACAAUUCUGGCAAUAAUUUUUGUACUUGGUCUUGAGGAAGAGUAAAACGUGCAAAGAUGGCUGAAGACUAGUAAGGAGGGAAAAUAUAAAUAAAAAAGUAAUACAUAACCUAAUAACUUAAUAACCUGUUUCAUACGUAAAUAAAAUUAUAUAUAAUCUUUUAUACAUAAUUUUUUAUAACUUGUUUUCAGAAUUACAUAUUUGUAGGGACAAAUCGAAAAACAAUGAGUACAUCAGUAUUACGUGGCUUUUUACAGCUAGAUUCUUUAGGAAACAUUAGAAAAAUAGAUUCAAAUGGAUGUGUGAAUUGCAUAAUUGAAGAUGGAAGAUAGUUGAAAUUUCUAAAGAAGGAAAUAAAUUUUUCUUCUGAUACUAUAACUUUUAUUUUUGAUGGAACUCAAAUUUGCAUAGACUUUCCUAAGACAAGAAAAGAAACAUAUAACAAUAAACAACAAAAUCAAAAUAAUGAAUAUGUUCACGAAAAUCAUCAAAAUGAUGAAGAUGAUGAAAUUAAGCAAAAUGAUGAAAUUGAUCAAAAUGAUUUAAAUGGAACUGCUACAACUUCAUCAUUCUUUUGGAAUGAUGCAUCAACAAAAUUGUUGUUAAACAUUUACAAGGACAUGAAAGAUCUUGUAUCUACAAGGAAAAUAAAAACUUAUAAAAUAUUAUGGAAACAUAUUGCACAAAAAAUGAAUCUUAAUGAUUACCUUGUUACUUCGUUACAAGUGGAAAAUAAAAUAAAAUCGUUUGAACGUUCCUACAAAAAUAUGAUAAGCAAUAAUAAAAUGACAGGCAGAGCACGAAAAACUUGUCAAUAUAAAGCGGAGUUAACAGAUUUAUUAGGAGAAAAACACAGUAUUCAGCCACUUGCCAUAUCAGGAAGAAAUGGUUUAAUACUUAAAGAACAAUUGCAUUCCAAUAAGGAAAAUAAUACCGCAAUGAACAACGCAACUGAUAAUGAAGACUAUGAAAAUAAUCCCGGUGUAUCAAAUAAUCUUGAGUCUGCUGAAAAUGUACAAACUGUACGAACAGAAGAAUUACAAACACAUCAAACUAGAUCACGACAAAAUACUACCAGUUUAUAUAUAAAUAAAUGUCAAGCAGUUUUAGAUACAUAUAUUUCUGAAAGGAGUAAUGAAAAACAACGUAAUAAAAAUAUACAAAUACAGAUUCUACAAGAAUUUAAAAAUAUUGCAAAAACUCAAGAAGAUUUUGUUAACUCCGCAAAAAUACAAUGGGCCAUAUCAAAUGCUAAAAAAGAUGAAAAUAUUAAAGUUCUUAAAGAAAUUGCAAAAAAUAUUGAACAAAUUGUUACAUUUCCGUUCAGAACAACUGUUUAAUUUUUAUUAGUAGUAUAUGUACAAUAAUGUUUAUCCAUUAACGUAUCCAUAACACUUUGAAAGAAGUUAAAAUGCCCAUAUUUCUAUAUUUUUUUGGUUUUUUGUAUAUUUUAUUAAGUACAUUAUUUGUCACAUUUGAUACAGUUUAAUAUAAAGUCUGAGUUUAUGGCUGCGUUUAGCAGAAAAAGCUGCUUUGUAACUGUUGAAAAUUCUUUAAUCUGAUUGAUUUGCGCACUUAGAUCCGGCAGAAACCAAGGGCAAAAACUAAUAGUAUUAAAUAAUUUUAUAACAGUUGCAAAGCUGCUUUUUCUGCUGAAAGCAGUCAAUAUUA